AAAUUGUGGGUUGGGGGCUGAGUGUGUAGGGGGAGAUGGAAAUGAAAGUUAUGAAAUGUGUAGUGUUAAUCAGAAUCUCUCCAGUCAGCACUCAGCUUCACAAUGAAUUUGUUCUAUGUACUCUUUGUCUGCAUGAUGUCCUGUCUCUGUGGCAGCGAAGUGAGUUGGCCCAGCUUUUGCUGCUUGAAAAAAAAUUCAAUCAAAGGACUGCCUGUGAAAAAUGUUGCAGAUUGUAAAGUCCAGAGUGCAGGACUUUGCCCCUUUGAUGCAAUCAUUAUCAAGACACAUAAAGACCGGAACUUCUGUUUGGAUCCAAAGGCAGAGUGGGUUAUUAAAAAUGUUGUGAUGAAGGGAACCGACUCUUGUGACAUGAAGAGACGAAAGAAGAGCAGGGGAGGGAAAAGGGAUUGCAUUUAUCAUUUUUGUUUGGACAACAAAACUGACACUUGUGAGAUGUAUUUGUCUUGACUGCAGAAAAUCCAUGUUUCCUUUUUACCCUUUUCUUGUCCAUUACUGACAUACUUUGAAGGAGACUGAUGCCUCUGGUGGAAUAUUUGAUCAAUAAACCAAAAGUUUGUCAACAA